AUGUUAUCUGUGCGCCUGAUUCCACUUGCACCACUUCUUAAAGCAAACUUGAAGCAAAGCUUGCAAGCCAGCAGCCGACUUGGCCCAAUUACAUUUUCGCGUCAGUUCAACAUCUCGACGAAAAAAAGAAACUCGUAUAUUGCCAACAACGCUGGCCCAGCAACCUUGGCUCCCAUGAACGAUGCUACCAAGUUCGACUCCACAUUCUUGAAGCAGUUCAAAACCAGCGAGCUUGUCUCGUUCAUGCUCAUUGGCAUCUGCACUUUAAACAAGCCAAUCUUGAACUUGUGUAUCAAGCUUUUCCCAUAUGUUCCUAUGCCAGUGAUCAAGGCUUUGGUAUACAAAAUCUACUGUGGUGGCGAGACCAUCGAGGAGGUCAAGACUACUGGCGAGCGUUUGACCGAAAGAGGCAUCAACAACAUGAUGAUUUCCUUGACCAUUGAGGCCUGCAACGGUAAUGACAACAUUGACCCACAAUACAUUGUUAGCGAAACACAGAAGUCUGUUGAAGAGAUCUUGAUUCCUCACACUCUUUCUAUCAUUGAAAAUUCGGGUAAGAGCAUCAACUCCAUUCCUGCCGGAUAUGUGGCUUUGAAACCAACUGGCUUCACUAAGAACGCCGCCGCCGUGUUGAAGAAUUUCGACUCGCCAGAGUACAAGGACUCCUUUGACGAGCUCGUUGCCAAUGCUUCCGCUAUUUGCAAGACCAUUUUUGAUGCCAACAAGAACUUGGCCAAGCAAUACCCAGAAAGAACUGCUCCAUUUGUUGUUGGUGUCAUCGAUGCCGAGAAAUAUGAUCUCCAGCCUGGUGUUUACGAAUUGCAAAGACGUCUUUACAAACAAUUCAACCCAGUCAACUCACCUGUUUCUGUCGUUGGAACUUUGCAAAUGUACUUAUCGGGCUCUGCUGACUUGUUGACCAAGGAAGAGCAGCUUGCUAAAGAUCAAAACUACAGAGUUGGAAUGAAGUUGGUUAGAGGUGCUUACAUUCAUUCAGAAAAGGAUAGAGCCAACGUUAUUCACAAGACCAAGACGGAUACUGACAACAACUACAACUCCGGUAUCACUUACUGCAUCAAGUCAAUUUUGGAUGACCAGCUCAACAAAAGCCCUAUUGGUCAUUUGGUUGUAGCUUCACACAACGCCGACUCUUUGAAACUCGCAACUGAUCUUGUCAACAAGUCAAGCCCUGAAAACUCAAGCAGAGCAAACGUUUGCUUGGGUCAACUUCUCGGAAUGGCUGAUUCCAUCACAUACGAUCUCAUCAAGAAGGACAAUGUCGAAAAUGUGAUCAAGUACGUGCCUUGGGGUCCUCCAUUGGAGACCAAAGAAUACUUGUUGAGAAGAUUGGAGGAGAACGGAGACGCAGUGAAGAACGACAAUGGUUUGCCCUUAGUCAAGGCUGCUUUCACCACCUUGAUGUCCAGAAUUUUUGCCUAA